CGCUCCCGGGCAGCGGCUCCGGCGGCGCCUCCGCUGCGCCGCGUCCCGCGCUCCCCCUGCUCGCCGGGGCCGCGGCGGGGGCGGCCGGGCUGCGCUGCGCUGCGCUCCGCCCCGCCGUGCGGGGGUGUCUGGGCGCCCGGGAGCAGCGCGGCUGCUGCAGUGCCGCGGCGGCCGAGCGGAGCGGCGGAGCUGAGGGUGCCCGCGGGGGCUCCUCGGAGGGAGGAGAAGAGGAGGGCGCGGGGUCGCGGGUGCCGACGGCGCUGGGAGGCUGCCCGGAGCGGGACCAUGUCGCUGCAGAGCCCGCCGGCUGCCGCCGAGCUGCCCCCCGGCCCCGGCGAGGGGCAUCCGCCGGGAGCGGAGCUGAGCCAGGGCAGCGCCGCGGCCCCGUCAGCCGAGGAGGGUGGCGAGGAGGAGGAAGAAGAGGGAGAAGGGGAGAAGGAAAAGGAAAAAGAAAAGGAAAAGGAGGGAGAGAAAUUGUCGCCCAUCCCGUCGGCGUCCACCGCGGCUGCCGGGGGGUUGGAGGAAGGAGCCAAAAAUCAGUUUUCCACUUUCAGCAAUUUCAUCACAACUAUCAACCAAAAGAAAGAAGACAUCGGAAACAGAAAUUCGCCUACGCAACUUGUUAUACCCAACAUCAAAAAUGGGAGGGACCUGCCACCUCUUUGCCUCGAUGUACGGCAAAAGCAGCGCGUGUCAGUGGAUACAUUACCCCAGGAACCAAAAGCACCAAUUCCUCCUGAACCUUCCCUUCCAAUUCGAACCAAAACUGUGAAGGAUUUUCAGGAUGAUAUGGAAAAAUCGAAGGCAUCGGGAGAUUGGAAAGCUGUACAUAAUUUUUAUUCUACAACUUUUGAUUCUUUCUUGGAGAUAAAUGCUGCAUUUAAGAAAGAUACCAAUUCUCCAUUUAAUACCAUUGAGGACUCUGGAAUCGAUGCAAAAUUUGUGAAUGUUGUCUAUGAUGCCUUAUUAAAUACUCCUCAAGAUGUUCAGAAGUCAGUCCUAAAAGGAAUAAUUAAUGGUCUACUGCAAGAAUGGACAGGGCCACGAACAAAGGAUGAUCUUAGAGCUUAUUGUAUACUUUUACAGAAUCCUCAAUUUAGUAACACUUCUACUUAUGUCAUCUAUGCUCACUUGCUAAGACAGAUAGCAGCCUUAACAGAAGCUGACCAUCAUUUCCUAGUGCACUGGUCUAAAAAGAUUUCACAGAAGAGGUUCAAGCAGGUGGUGGACAGGUUGCUGCAAUUUAUUUCUUUACGGCUGUUUCCUGCAAAACCUGAGGAGUUUCCACCUAUGGUGAAAUGUACCUGGUGGAUUCCAUCAGCAACAAAAGUCCUGGCUUUAUUUAAUGCUGCAAAUAGUCUGAUUAGCCCUCCUAUUAUUUCAUAUACGGAUUUCUAUAAUUCUACACUUGAUCAUAUUGAUCUUAUGGAAGAAUAUCACAACUGGCAAUGCUAUGGGAAUUCUCACAGGUUUUCUUUCUGUCAAUACCCAUUUAUUAUUUCUAUAGCAGCAAAAAAAGUUAUUAUUCAAAGGGACUCAGAACAACAAAUGAUAAGUAUUGCACGGCAAAGCCUUGUGGAUAAAGUCUCUCGCAGACAGAAGCCUGACAUGAAUAUGUUAUUCCUAAAUGUGAAAGUGAGGAGGACACACCUUGUUAGUGAUUCACUUGAUGAGCUAGCAAGGAAGAAGGCAGAUCUGAAAAAGAAGUUAAAAGUCACAUUUGUAGGAGAAGCUGGUCUUGAUAUGGGCGGCCUGACAAAAGAAUGGUUUCUUCUUCUGAUUCGGCAGAUUUUUCACCCAGAUUAUGGCAUGUUCACCUACCACAAGGACUCGCAGUGCCAUUGGUUCAGCAGCUUUAAAUGUGACAACUACUCAGAAUUCCGACUGGUUGGAGCCCUUAUGGGACUUGCUGUAUAUAACAGUAUCACCUUGGAUAUUCGUUUCCCACCUUGCUGUUACAAGAAAUUAUUGAGUCCUCCCAUUGUUCCCUGUGAUCAUAACACACUUGUAGGCAUAUGUGGUGUCACAUUAGAUGACCUGUUUCAGAUUAUGCCUGAAUUGGCGCAUGGACUAAGUGAACUUCUAUCCUAUGAAGGCAAUGUUGAAGAGGAUUUUUACUCAACCUUUCAGGUUUUUCAGGAAGAAUUCGGUGUUAUAAAAUCUUACAACUUAAAGCCAAAUGGAGAUAAAAUUCCAGUCACAAAUCGAAAUAGGAAAGAAUAUGUGCAGCUCUAUGUUGAUUUUCUUCUCAAUAGAUCGAUCUACAAACAAUUUGCAGCUUUCUAUUAUGGAUUUCAUAGUGUCUGUGCUUCAUAUGCGUUACUGUUACUUCGUCCAGAGGAGGUUGAAAUUCUUGUCUGUGGCAGUCCUGAACUGGACAUGUCUGCUUUACAGAGAAGUACCCAGUAUGAGGGCUACCAAAAAACUGAUCUGACUAUACGAUACUUCUGGGAUGUAGUACUUGGAUUUUCUCUGGAUCUUCAAAAGAAGCUACUGCAUUUUGCUACAGGAAGUGAUAGAGUACCUGUGGGAGGAAUGGCUGAUCUGAAUUUCAAGAUUUCAAGGAGUGAAACAUCCACUAAUUGGUUACCUGUGGCCCAUACGUGCUUCAACCAGCUUUGUCUCCCUCCUUACAAGAACAAGAAGGAACUGAAGCAAAAGUUAAUAAUUGGAAUUUCAAAUGCAGAGGGGUUUGGUCUGGAAUAAGAUUAAAUACUCCAAGAACAGCAUUUUUAUGUAGCAUCCACACUCUUCUGAUUGUGCCUUUAAGCUUUUCAUUGUCAUGUCUCUUGAUACUGUGCCAGUUUUAUCGCAUUUAGAUAUUUUUUUUAAUUAAAUAGAAAGUGUAUGGUUUUUUCCUGAAUGGCAAUACAUUUGCUGCUUGCUUUGUCACAGAAAGUAGUUCUCUUUGUACAAAAAGCUCAUCUGUUUGAUAAACAAAACCCAGCUAAGACAAUUCCCAAGUGUUAGGCUUUUCUUAAUAGCACUUUAAUCAUAAUUCUUUACAUCAAGGUAUCCUACUGGGAGAAAAUAUACAGAAUAUUUCUCUAUUGGUUAAUCCCAGUGGCAGCAAAAAUAUAACAUCAGCAUGUAGCCUUUUUUUUUUUCACAAAGGCAAAUAGGAAUUUUAGUCUUUAUAAAAUGUAUGUAGUUUUAUUCUUCUGGUUUUCCUGCUUGGUGAAACCAACUGUCUAAGAAGUAUGUAAAUAACUGCCUGUGAAGAAAUAGGGUUUUGAUAGUGCCAUUUACUGCUAAAAAAUUAUUUUUUAUGAAUAAGAGGUUUUAGAUGUUGUAUAUUCAGCUUUUACACUUGACUGUACUAGAGUGUUAAAAGGUAUUUUUUCAGCUUGAGGGGAUUCAAGUUCAAGCUACGAGUAUUAAGGAAUUUGUAUGUUCAUUCUUAACAGCAAACUAGCCAGAUCUACUGUAGCAUUAUAGUAAACAAAACUAGAUAUUUAAAAUAAAUUCCACAUCUGGUGAAAUGCUUUAGGAAGAGAAUUAUAUCCACAACCUGUGGAAAACUGAUAUAGUCUAUCACGGCAUCAUUUUUUUGCAGCAACUUUGUUGAAAGUCUUAAAUAAGCUGUGAUGAAAGUGAAUACAAUAACAUUUCUGAAGAAUGUUGCAACUUUCAUUAACUUGGAGACCAGCAUUUAAAAAUGUUUUGUAUUUUUCAUUGCACAAACUCUGUGAAAGGCAUUCUUGGUAUGUCUGCUCUGAGUUAGUAAAUUAGCAGCUGGGGAAGAAACGGUUCUAAAAUACUGAAGUAAUUGUAAGUCUGGGUUUUAUUCAUUAAGUGGAAAGAAUUUAGCAGCAUGCAGUGUAGUAGUUUUAAAUAUGAACAGCUACUGUGUGUUCUGUAGAUUUUUCUUUCAGCUGAAUAAGGCCCAGAUCACUUGAGACACUUUGGCAUCUAAUUUGUCAGCUUUCCCCAUUGACUUCUGCUGGGGCAUGGAUGCACAUCUAUCUUGUAGUGUCUGCACUCAAAUACUAUAUUAGUCUUCUUUCUUUCUCUGUAUUAUUUACAUACAAUCAACAGAUUUACUGAUGAUCAACAAAUUAAUCUGUCUAAUUCAUGCUUUCAAAGCUGUUCUGGAUAUUCUUCAAUAGCUAAGAGUAAAAUUAUUUUUUUUUUAUUUCUCCUAGAAAAGUUACUGGUGAUUUUACUGUUUUAUUAAGGCAGAGAUAAAUAUUAGGAUAUUUUAGAAUAUUUGACACUGUAUUCAUAGUGCUGUCUUUGAAACUAGUAAUAAAAUUUCCAUUAGCUUUAGCCUGGAACUAUACUAGUUAGCACAAAGUGUGCUAAAAGCAGCACUGAAAAAUUCUGCAUUUUUACAUUAUAUCUCCCAAAUGGACAUUUUAAAAUAAAUUUUAACUUGCAGCAUUUCAGAUGUUGAGAAAUAAAUUAAGCUUUCACUGUUGCACUGAAUGAACUAGAUAGCCGCAAGCAAUGUUAAAUUUCUAACACCUGAAUGUGGAUGUAAGUAGGAAACCUGGAAACAAAGACCUACUGCCUUUCGUCUGUUGAAUUGGAUUCAUGAAAGGUGAGCUUAUGAAUAAAUAGCUAUAGAGUUUAUCUGAAAACAUGGCACAUUAGCCAAAAUAUUUUUUUAAGGCUUAAACCUGCUUUUAAUAACUAUUUAUCUACUAUUGUUAAAAUAAAAGCUUUAUCUUUUCUCCUUUUCACUGAAUUGCACUUUGCCUUUUGUUCAGUUUUAUUUAUUGAAGCUUUUUUUGAGAUAAUGUGUAAUAUUACCUCAGAAUUCUAAAAAUGCUAUUGUAUUUGCAUCAGUUUUUAAAUCAGAUUGUCAUUCAAAGACAUUUUAUAUAUUUCCUGAUGUUGAUAAAUUAAAUAGUAAAUUUUGUAUUUGUUAAAUGAAAGCAUUACACUGUAUUUAUGAAAUAAGCCUCUGAUAAUUUUAAAAAAUUUAUUCAAUGGUGUUUUGUUCUUGUGUCUUGCCCUGUAACCCAGCAAAUCUUUUUUUAUCUCCAUCAUUGUUUUGUACUGUACAAAAAAAAUCUUGUUUGUAUAAACUUGUUCACUACUAAGUAUCUAUUUUUAUGUAUCAAAAUUGUCCAGUCAUUAAAUCAAAUAUUUCAAAUGCUGACCUCACUUGUAUAAUUUCAGAUUUCCAAAAUUGGUCAUAAUGGGUUUAAAAUUAUGAUCAGCCUCUCUGCUUUUGGUUUAUUUUUCUCUUGAGAAGUUUUCUUUACCAUAACAGUUCUCCUAAAACAUUGCAUAGCUCACUGAGAAGAAACUAUGUUCCAACAACCAAACAUACACCAAGACUUAUAUUUCAUAUUUACAGUCAAAAUUACAGGUGUUCUGGUGCAUCCCAUGGUGUAAUAAUGCUGUAAAAUAGCAUGGAUCCUCAUCAUGGAUCCAACAACUGGGGUUUUUCCAUGUGGAGAAGAGAAGGCUUUGGGAACAUGCAAUUGCAGCCUUCCAGUACGUGAAGGGGGUUCAUGAAAAAGGAGGGAGAGGGACUUUUUCUCUGGGGAGAUAGCAGCAGGACAAGGAGAAAUGGUUUUAAACUGAAAGGGUAAGUUUAGAUGAGAUGGUGAAAGAAGUUCUUUAUUCAGAGGUUGGAGAGGCACGGGAACAGGUUGUCCAGAGAAGUUGUGGAUGCCUCUGGGAGUAUUCAAGGCCAGGCUGAAUGGAGCCCUGAGGAACCUGGUCUAGUGAAUGGCAUCCCUGCCCAGGGCCGGGGAUUGGAACUGUGUGAUCUCUAAGGCCCCUUCCAACCCAAACCAUUCUAUGAUUCUGUUAUUCUAACUAAAUUUUCCUUUGUUUUUGAACUACCUCAGUUGCAGGAUUACUUGGAGGUGCAAAGCCACAAGCUGUUGUACAUUUUUCUGCCUAAUUUGAACACUAAAAUCAGGAUGGACAGGUAACAAGAACAUCGUGCUUUCUCAUGGACACAGGUCCUGAUGACGGAGCAGUUACCUUUGUACCACUCAAGUUACCUACAGAUGGCAGCAAAGAUGAAGAUUGAAACAAUUUAAUUAGAGGUCAGACUUUCCUCUUAGCUCACAGUAGAUAUUAUAAAUGCACAUAAUGUUAAUGUCUUAAAAAUUUAUAUCACAAAUAAUCGCAAAUUUGCAAAGUCAGCAAAUAUAAAUUUACUUACAGCAAACAAAUAUGGAGAAAGGAGAAGCAGCUUCUUGGAUCUAGUGCUGGGUUUUGAAGGUGUCCUCUCUUUUCAUUGGAGUUCCUACUGUGGUUUUGGGACCAAUGAAAGACUCUGCCAAAACCUCAGACAGGAGAUUGGUUAUACCUGAUCUCUGACCAGUCAAUGCCCUCAAGACUGCUAUUUGGAAAGAGGUUAAAACACCUGGCUUGCCUUAUCUUGUUUCAGCUAGGGAUCAGAAGGCUGGCACUAGGGCUUCAAAUUGAAAUUCUGUAUUUGCUUUUGAUUUUUUGGCCCAAAGUGGUGAGAUUCCUUCUAUGUAGUAGCAGUUGGUGUUGAUACUGGUUGACUUCCUUCAAAAGCAAAUGUUAUACCCAUUGUUAAUCUUCGUAGCUGUGGUAUUUAAUAUUCUUUUACAGCUCCUUCUUGAAAGAAUGAAAAUAUCUAAAAGGUCCCUCAAAGCCUCUGGUUUCAUGUCCUGACUGUCAGACAGUUAUAUGUUUUUUUUUCCUAGAGCCCCUAGUUGUUUUCUUCGAAUAAAUUUGUUUAGGUCAAGUAAUUUUUCAGCCUAUUUCUUUUUUUUUUUUUUAAGGGUCUGUACUGGUCUGUGUGUUGUUGAAGUUCCUUGCACUUUUAAAUAUUCAUGUGUAUAAGAAAAUAAUGAGGUGGCCUGGUCUGCCACAGCUGUUUCACUUGUGUUAGAAGUGUUCUAAUUAAUAGUGAAGUAGGUUUUGUUGUUAAAUUAAUGAGCAAAAAUGGCCCCCAGUGAUCUGCACCUUUCAAAUUGUUAAUUAAAUUCUCACUGAAUUAUUUGAACCCCAAUGCCUUUAUGUAAAACACAACAGGUCAAGGAAGAUGGAGAGAUUUUUUUCUGGUGAUGUGGUGAUGCAGUUGCUCAUUAGACUCUGGAAAGGUGGGAAAAGUUCACAUAAGUUGGGCAAACUAAGUUCAGUUCUGGACUCUUCUGCAGUACUAGAGUUAAUAAUAGAGUUAAGUAAUACAUUUAUGCAUAAUGAAAUGAUAUAUCAAUUAAUGUCCUGUGUGUUUUGUGUUCUACUACAGCAAGGUUUCAUUUACUAUUUUUCUUUUUGGGAUCAGUUUAAUGAUUUGGCACUUACAGUGAGUGAGAGUUUUACUUUUUGAUGUAGUAUUUUCUAGCCGUUCUAGAUUCUGUAGAUAUAUGAUGUUCAGGUUUAAUUUAAGGGCUUCUUGUUUAUUUGCUGCUUUAACUCUAUAACAUGAUUUCUAUUAACCAGGAGAGAUGAAUCUGCUCUCACAGAGUCUUUAGUUAUCUUCUCACCAGGAUCUCUGGCUGUUGCCAUACUAUGGAUAAUAACAAUCCAGCCUCCACUGGCAUUACCAGAAUAGAACUAUCUGAGGCUACAUUAUGUAAUUCAAACAACUUGUCAAGGGGGCACCUCAAUGCAUCAAGGCUUUUCUAUUUUAUGGUGCAAAGGUUUUUUGGAUUUGGAUUUUGUUUCAGUGGAUUUGUUGGUGGCGUUCCCAGACUGCCCAUAAGCAGGGCACAGGCUGGCUUUGGCUGAAGGAAACUAGACACCGAGGAGUGAUGCCUGAAACCCUCCCUCCUACUCACAAGCCAGGUGUGAACCAUGGACAAAAGGGACCAAGAAUGGGAAAGUAUUCUGGAAAGUCUAGAGAUGAGGUGUUUGCCAGUUGUUCUCUAAAGUUGUUGAAGAACUUUGAGUCAGUCCAAGGCAAGAAAUGCUGUUGAUAGGCUGGCACAGAGAUAUGUGGAGAGCUUGCUGGAGUCAUGUAUAUUGUCAGCACCAAGAGCUGUGAUUCAGAGUAUUAGCAGAAAGAAAUCUAUUCAAACAAGCAGAGCCAUCCUCCAAAAGGCGCAAGGAGCCUCCUCUAAAGUCCACAGAGGAGGGACCCAGCAUUGCUUCUCCAGGAUGGAGCCAAAGCCUGUUUGUGAGCUGGACUGGAUUUGCAGCUGAAGGAACAGCUUCUUGUGCCAAGGCUAUCAGCCUGCCCUCUCAGUAACAAGGCUCUUGUUAGUAUUAGUGUGUGAGCAUGACUUGGCAAUCACAGGCAUGCUUCAGGCAAGCAAAAACGCUAUUUCAGACUAUUCUUGAGCACCCUUCCAAUACUCUCACUGUCAUGUCUCAUUGCAGACACUUCUCAUAAAGGUCUGUACUAGACCUUGUCUGUGACAGCAGUUGCCUCUGAGUCUCCAUGAGCCAAGUGUAUUUGGCUGAGGCCACUCCUCACACACUUCUUUCUGCUGUAGUCACUUCUGAACAUGAGCAGGCAGAUGAAAAGGGAAAUGGCAGGCAAGGCUUGCCUUGGGAUUAGUAUUAUAAAAAUCAAAUGGGAAAGUAAUGAAAGUACAUCUUCUUGGCAAGUCAUAUACCUUAGAGAGUCCCAGACAACUCCUCCAGACAAUGCUUGCGUAACUGGAGGCAGCCACAGACCUCUCUCUGAUAAGUGUUGGUGGAGGAAAGCUGUGGGGUUGCAUCACAUGAACGAGGUUGUCUGCAACACCAGGCAGCACUCCAGCUAUUUGCAGGGGAGUUUGUGUUUUCUGUGUCCAGGAAGUGAAUCUACUGGUCCACAUACCAGCUCUCUGGAAAGUAGUAGCAGGAGGAUCAGCCUUCAGAAGUCUAGGAAAUCCUGCCACAGUUGAAGAUAAAUGGUUUUGCUGAGCUUUCAGACAAAACCUUCUUAAAUCUGCAUAUUAGAAGAAACAAUAAGAAUAAUGGACCAAAAAGAUGUACCUAGUGUUUCCCUUCACUUUCCCAGAUGCAAAGCAAGGAAGAGAACUAAAGCGUCAGAAAUACUCUCUCUGCAACUUUGGCGACCCGAGCUUUUGCAGUGUCAGGCUCAGGUGAAGGAAUUACUUCUGCUGAUGAAUAGUCUUUUCCAAAGAAAACAAUUUGCUGGAAAGAAUGAAGCUCUUCAAUCCAAGUGCUGUAAUAUCAUCAGUCCUCUUUCAUCCUGCAGUGGAAGGGGAACUAGGUAUGGUCCUGACUGUAGAAAGAUUGUGGCCUAAAUAAUAUAUUUGCAAUAAAUUGGUUUCUUUGGGUUAUUCUUA